AUAAAGCUCAUCCUGCGCAUUUGCAACAGUGUUCAAACGCCAUCUUGUAUUCUCAUCGUGUGAUUUCGUGUGUAAAUUUAGACUUGCGGUGGCGUGUGUAGGAAAUAAACGUUACUGUCCGAGUAAUUUUCAAGCAUGUCUGAAAAUUCUGCGACAGUCGAUUCGGGAGCCGGUGAGAUGGCGGAGAUAACUGGCGUUCGGAAGCUGUCCGAGCUCCGAGUUAUUGACCUGAAAGCAGAGUUGAAGAGGCGAAGCCUGGAUGUGAGCGGCAUCAAGAGCGUGCUUAUCGAGAGACUCAAGAAGGCCAUUGAAGAGGAAGGCGGCAAUCCUGAUGAGCUUGAAGUACCUCUGGAUGGGUCGCAGAAGAAAACAAAACGAGCAGCUAAAGGUAAAUCACUGGAGAAUGAUGAGCAAGAAGAUUGCACCAUUGAAGAGGACUCAGGAGAUGGGCAGGAUGACCCUGAGGGAAAUAUGGAUAGUCUCCAAGAUAUGGACAUGAUGGACAUGAAUGUGCUGGAUGAGGCAGACAUAGACAAUAAUGGGCCAGGAAACGAAGACGAAGAAGAUAUGAAGGAUGAAAACGGGAACGAUGAAGAACUUGAUGACGCCCUCCUGGCUCCAGUGGAUGAUGAGGAGCCAGAUGCCAAAGAAGAGGAGGCUGCUGAAGAGGAAAGCGCAGAGAUUAUCAAACAGGAGGAUGACCAGGAGCAAGAAGAUGUACAAGAAGACAUAGAAAAUGAGAAAGUAGCCGGGUCUUGUAAGUCAGAGCUCCUUAAAGAAGAACUGCCAGCUGAAGAGGAGGACAGUGGGAACACCGCUGCCGACGAAGACAAUGCGUGUGACCUCAGUCGAGAGGACGAAGCCGUGGAUGCGGAGCAAGAAAGCGCCACAGCCUCUCACGAUCUCGAAAAGGACGCGGCCACCGCCGCGGAGUCAAACCAACCCGAAUCGCAAGCCAAGGACGAGCAGCCUGGUAGCCAAGAAGAAGACAUGGACGCUCAAACAGAAACUGAAAGCACUCAGCCUAGUGCUGCUGUUGAGACAGGUUCAAACGACAAUGAGGCCACUGUUGACACUGAUACAGGCUCUAAAGCCGAGACUGAGAAAGAGAGCGUGAAGACAGAAGAGACUGCUGCUGAGGCAACGAAAGGGUCCUCUUCUGUUGAGGGUGAUGAACAAAAAAAGAGUUCUGAUGAUGAAAAAGCUAGCAAGCCAGAGUCUAAGGAUGAAAAAGCCCCGGCAGGUAGUGGGAGAAACCUAUGGGUCAGCGGCCUCUCCUCUACUACCAGAGCGACUGAUCUGAAGAACCUGUUCAGCAAAUAUGGCAAGGUUGUGGGUGCUAAAGUGGUGACCAAUGCUAAGAGUCCUGGGGCUCGCUGCUACGGCUUCGUCACCAUGAGCUCCACAGACGAGGCCACCAAGUGCAUCAGCCACCUGCACCGCACUGAGCUGCACGGCAGGAUGAUCUCUGUGGAGAGAGCAAAGAAUGAGCCGGCUGGUAAGAAACCUGCUGAUAAAAACGAGGCAAAGAAGUCCGGCAGUGACCGCCGUCAUUCUUCAGACUCCAAGACCGAAAAAACUGACAUCAAAGAAGAGAAACCUGAAGGAACUGAGGAAGGCAAAGAUGGAAAAGGGCGGGAUGAAAGGACGGUCGUGAUGGACAAGUCCAAAGGAGAGCCGGUCAUCAGCGUCAAGACUAAGGACAAAGAGAGGAGCACCAAGAGCCGAGACAGGAAGUCGACCAGCAAGGACCGCAAGGACAUCCUUUCCUUUGACCAGAUCAAAGAGCAGCGUGAGCGGGAGCGCCAGAGGCAGCGCGAGAGGGAGAUGAGAGAGGUGGAGCGCCGACGCCACUCUGGACAGGACAGUGGAGAACGACAGGAAGCGAAUGCGGAGAGAAAGACUGGCGAUCGUGACCGAGGAGACCGUGACGGCCGCACGGAGCGCGAGCGCAUCCGGCUGUUCCGCGAGCGCGAGGAGCGGGAGCGCCUGAUGCGGAAGCGUAACUGGCUGGAGGUGGAGAAGCAGCGGCUGGACGCCGACCGCAUGGAGCGCGAGUUCCUGGAGCGCGAGCGGCUCCGCGUGGAGUACGAGAGGCGGCGCGAGCAGGAGCGCAUCCACCGCGAACGAGAGGAGCUGAGGCGGCAGCAGGAGCAGCUGCGCUUUGAGCAGGACCGCCGGCCCAUGAAGAGGCCCUACGACGGAGGAGGCAUGGACAGCAGGAUGCCUUCCAGGAAGGACGAGUGGCCUGAGAAGCGCAUGGCGAUGGACGACGGCCGCUACCGGGGCUCGGACUUCAACCGACAGGAGCGCUACCAGGACUUUGACCACCGCGAGCAGCGUGGCGGCGGCAGCGGACGCUACCAAGACGACGUGAUGAUGGACAGGAGGGACAACAAUCCCCGAAACAUGGUGGGUGCUAGAGAUGGACAGCACUUCUCCGAGCGUGACAGACACAGCCGGGACUCGCGUGACUCGUGGGGUGGUGGCGGCGGAGGUGGAGGCAGCGCCGGGGGAUACGAGAAGCGCGGUGGCGGCAUGAAUGCAAGCCGAGAAGGUCGAGAUUGGGAGGCUGGACGCAAAAUCGACGGGGACCGAGGCUGGCAAGGUGGAGAACGAGGCAUGCCAAGCCAGACACACAUGGGCAGAGGAGGAAUGGCCAACCGUGGAGGAUACAUGCAAACAGGAGGAACGUCGCAAUCGAUGUCCGGCACCAUAAAUCGGCCCAAUCAGAUGAUGCAAGGAAGCGGGAUGCAAGGCGGUGCUUUCGGCCGGCGGUAUUAAUUGCCAUUCUUCACUUCGGUUUUUCUUUUUGAGUAUCGUGAUAGCUUGGCAGCUUGUACAUUGCUCACACAUGCUUUGUAAAUUUCAGAUCCUUUUUUUAAAAAAGAAAAAAACUUUUGUCUCUCUCUCAACAUGGACACCCUACAAACACGAAUGUCUACUACCAGAGUUUUUAAUGUUGCUGUUUUCCCUCGGUUGUAACUUAAUUUAAAAUUUUUGAUUAAUUUUUGGAGGGGGUGGGCGGGGAAGGGGACAACGUUCAUUCCAGAUGUCUUAUUUUCUUGUGUUGAGGGUGUGACGUGAAAAUGUGUUAUGAUGAGACACUCAGGAAUGGUCCAGAACCCUGUUGUCAGUUUUGUGGAUUGUUUGUCAAUUAUGAAUGCGUUUUAAUAAAUUCCCAAACUUAUGAAAAUG